CGGCGCGCGCCGCACGGCACCGAACCAGACCCCGGACCACUAACCAACACCUCACGCUCCUCCGUCCGUUAACGGCCGCAGCGCAUGACCCCUAUACCCAGGUCCGUCACCCCGCGCAGGCGCGCGGCUCGCUCCGAAGCAGGGGGCGAGGCCUGUUGGAAGGGCGGGUUAGCGGGUGCGCAUGCGCGCUCCCGUCCGCGCGGCGUCACGUGGUUGCCUCGAGAUGGCGGCGCCCUGGGCGACCUUCCGCUGUUUGCUGCUGUUGAGCCGCGCGGAGUUGCCGCGCCUGGUAGCUGCUGCCGCCGGCUCCUCUCGGCUUUACGGUGUGCGGGCGUCCGGUACGGGCGAGUUGGUGACGCACACAGGGCAGGUGAGGGCUGCGGCAGGAGAAGGAGGUGGCCGCCGUGCCUCGGAAGCGGUUGGGACCUCAGGGCGGUCGUCGAGCUACCUCCGCUGGCGGUAUAUGAUGAAGAGGAUUAUAGAAGAAUUAGAUUUGUUGGACGACAAAAGGAGGUGAACAGGAAUUUUGCAAUUGAUUUAAUAGCAGAGCAGCCUGUGAGUGAAGUUGAAAGCAGAGUGAUAUCAUGUGAUGGUGGUGGUGGAGCUUUGGGACAUCCUAAAGUAUACAUAAACUUGGACAAAGAUACAAAAACCGGAACAUGUGGCUACUGUGGACUUCAGUUUAAACAGAAACAUCACUGAAAGAUCAUCCCUGCACGCUUCUUGAUUUCUGUUGAGAUGUUAACAUUUAACUAUAAAUAAACAAUAUAUUUAAAAGCCCAA